AUUGGUGGUGUUACCCACUUCUUUACAAAGGCAUACGUGAAAUUGGAGUGGACCACUGCAAAGUUUCUGGAUAUACCUGGUGAGCAAAAGAGAUUAGAACAGGAGAGGGUGAUGGCAUCUCAACAAGAGGAAAAUGAGCCAGUCGAUGUUGAUUUCAAGAUCAAGAAGGCUGGACUACCGGAGAUUGUAUUCUUAGGCAAAUGUAACGUUGGUAAGUCCUCGUUGUUGAAUGCACUGUUGACUUCUAGAAAUGCCAAACAGAAUUUGGAGUUUGCAUGGGCCUCUAGAAGGGCCGGGUUCACGCAGACCAUGAACUGUUUCAACGUUGGUAACAGGUUUAACCUUAUAGAUACACCAGGGUAUGGUGUGAAGGGUAAGAUGGAGCAAGGUGAACAGGUGAUGGAAUACCUCCAUAGAAGGAAGGAACUGCGCAGAGUGUAUCUCUUAAUAGGCGCAGAGGAAGGAUUUAGUCAGGAUGAUUUUACCAUCAUUGAUAUGUUAUUAGAAGCUGGCGUACCCUUUGAGAUAGUCUUCACCAAAUUGGAUAAGUUGAGGAAGACGAGUAAAGUUGAGCAGCACAUCAAAAAUAGCGGUGUCUUAACACUACCUUCUCAGCCAUCGCUAAUCUUCACAAAUUCUGAAGUGAACAAGUACCACAGAGAAAGACACGGAUUUGAGAUAUUGAGAUGGUCUAUAUUUGAAGCCUGUGGUUUG